CUGCUUAGUGUUUCUCUCGUCUUUAAAGUGCUCCAACUCAAAAAUGUUUAAAUCUGGACACGGUUAUCAGCGGUGAAUCGUGGUGAAUGGUCUUGUCCUACAAAAUCGUAUCACUUUCACUCUUGGCAGUCGCUCUAUCCACCCUGCUCCCAAAAUCAUUCGCCUUUCUGUCCAAUAUCCUUUUUCGCAAUACAAGCAUGACUUCCGUAGCCGUACCCUCGAAUCAGGACGAAUGGCGUGCAGCGCUUGAAUCACUUCCUUCUACCCCGCAAAAAAUACCAGCCUUUUUCUUCGCUCACGGCAGCCCAGCUCUUGUCUACGCGCGGGGGUUCAGUGGCCGCAGCGACUUUGAACAGUACCAGGGUCCGAAUGGACCCCUGGCAAACUUUCUCAAGGACUUCGGUCCCACAUUGCUGCAAAAGUACAACCCCAAGGCUGUCGUUGUGUUCAGUGCACACUGGGAGACACUAGGAGAACGAUUAGUGACUGACUAUGGGGACGAAAAUCCUCUUUUGAUGGAUUACUAUGGCUUUCCACAGGAGUUCUAUCAGCUCAAGUUCAAAUCUCGAGGCGAUAAACAACUUGCCGAACAAAUAGUCGGACUGUAUAAGGAGGCAGGUCAGCUAGCCCGUAUCACCUCUAAACUUGAACCUCGCGGUUCAGAUGGACGUGGGUUCGAAGGACCCGGUCUUGAUCAUGGGGUUUUCGUUCCUUUUCGUCUUAUGUUUGGGGAGGAGUUCGGGAUUCCCAUAGUGGAAGUGUCCAUUGACUCAAGCAUGACACCAGAAGCGAAUUGGAAACUCGGUCAAGUUGUCAAGAGUUUGCGGGAAGAGAAUGUGCUCGUCCUAGCCGGAGGUUUACCGAUUCAUAACCUAAGGGAUUUUAGUUCCUUCGCACCGGACACUGCUCAGCCUAUUCACCAUUCUUUUCACAAGGCCAUCCUGGAUGCAUUGCAGGUCAAUAACACACAAGAAAGGAAAAAGGCACUGCAAGAUCUACCUAAACAUUCAGGUUUCCGAGCAUGCAAUCCAAGGGAAGAGCAUUUCGUACCGCUGUACGUUGCAGCUGGAGCAGCCGAGGACGAGGAUCUGAAGAUUUUGAAUGGACUGUACGGUAUCCCGACUGUCGCUUUCGGGGUGUAGGACAGGAAAUCAUAUACUAAUAGUUUGAACAUUGUAUACUCAACCUCGUCACCAGUUCCUGCACAUGUAUCAUACGCCUUCAAACGAAUAUCAUUACAUUCAUUGCAAAU